CUCCUUUCAGCUCUCUCUCUCAAGCAGACACGUUGGUGUCUCUCUCUCACAGUCACAUAUUUUCCUCUUUAUAUAUACCAUCCAUCGCCAUACCAUUUCACUUGAUUCUUCCUUCCAAAAGCAACUCAAAUUAAUGGGCGAUCACUCAAUUCCAGAAGAAAACGGCGGUGAUCCCAGCAGCUCCACCGCCUUGGAUAUUUACCCUCUCAGCUGUUACUAUUUCGGCUCCAGAGAUUCUGUUUCUCUCAACACCGAAACCCGCGCCGAUCGCCUUCUUCGCCUCACAGCUAACUAUGAUGCCGUUGGAAUGAGGAGCUGCGUGGCUGCCGUGAUUGUGGUUGAACUUUUCAAACACCCCCACCUCUUGUUGCUACAAGUGCAGAACUCCAUCUACAGACUUCCUGGUGGACGUGUACGACAAGGUGAAUCAGAUACUGACUGCUUAAAACGCAAGCUCGCAAGCAAGCUGUCUGCUGGUGAAGAUGGCCGUGGUCCUGAUUGGGAGGUUGGAGAAUGCCUUGGUAUGUGGUGGAGACCCGACUUUGAGUCCGUACUUUAUCCGUAUUUGCCACCAAACAUAAAGUGGCCUAAAGAGUGCACUAAACUCUAUCUUGUGAAGCUGCCACCAAGCAGAAGGUUUAUUGUGCCUAAGAAUUCACGACUUCUUGCAAUCCCGUUGUGUCAGCUUCAUGAGAACGAUGAGACUUAUGGUCCAAUAAUCUCUGGAGUCCCACAGUUGCUAUCCAAAUAUUCCUUCAACAUGGUAGAACCUUAAAACUUUGAGUUGGAAGGGAAAUAGGAUUGCAGUUGCAUCGGGCAAAGGUUUGUGAAUGUGGUGUUUUUUUUCCCCAUAAAUUUAAAGGCCGCGUCACAUAAACGUGGUGUUUUGUGUAGUUGGGAGUGCUGUUGUGCGUAUAGCUGGUGAUGAUUUGGAUGGUCACAGCUUUAAGAUGAUAUAUAGCUUAGCGUUUUGUUGGGGCUAGUUGUGUUUUAUUUGCUUCUUUGAACUGUACACCACUUACACUUACAUAUAGUGCUUACACCGCAAAGACUUUUAUAAGGGAAAUUUACAUUCAA